UGGUUGAAUUUUGUCUCUUAAGUUUAACUUGAUUAUUGAACGAAAAUUAAAUCUUAUGAGUUGAAGUGCGAAAGUUAAUUUUUAACUUUAAAAUAUUUUAAGACAGCAAUGUGAAUAAUCACUGGUGAAAUACGAAAAUACGUGAAAAUGUGUCGAGGAAUGUUAUGGUGUUAUGUUCUUGCAUUGACGUUAGUGGAUAUUUCACCGCAUACAAAGUUGACAGCCCAUGGGAAGAGUCAUGAUGUCACAUUACAUGACACUCUCAUAGAAGGAUUAAAUUUUCAAGAAUGGGGCGGCGAGGGGCUGGCGGAGGCUGGCGGGGCCGGGUCUGCGGUGCUGGAAGGUGUAGCGCUGCAGCCAAUGGCUUUGCACUUUGGGUCGGCCGCGCUGGCCGCGCCACACGUGCGCUCCGUCACGCUCACCAACACCGGCAACGCAACGCUGCAUCUCGCCUCCGUCGCCGGCACCACGCCCGAUUUCCACGCCUCCUUCUUUGAGUCUAAGACGUUGGCGCCGCAAACCAACACCACCUUCAGCGUGGUGUACCUGGGGCGGCGCGCGGGGCCCGUCACCGCGCACCUCUACAUACACACCUCGCUCGGCGUCUACAAGUACCCUGUGUCGGCGGUGGGCGUGGCCAGCGAGUACGAGGUGUGGCCACUGGUGGGCGUGCGCGUGCCCGCCAACGCCUCCGUGGAGCCCGUGCUGUCGCUGCACAACCCCACAGAUCACGUCAUACAGGUGACGGAGGUGUACUCGUCGGGCUCGUGGGUGGGGCUGCAGCUGCCGGCGGGCGGGGCCAGCGCGCCGCGCGACGCCUGGGCCGUGCCGCCGCACGCCACGCGCGACAUCGUGCGUCUGCGUCUGGCGCCGCCCGCGACCGACGUCGACGACUCCGACACGCAGCGCCCCCUCACCGCCUACGUGAGGGUGAAGGCGAACGUGCCGGGCGGCGCGCUGGUGGUGUGCGUGGAGGCGCGCGCGACGCCCGCCGGCGAGCACGCGGCGCCGCUGCAUCUGCACAUGCGCGCGCGCGGCUCAGACGACCCCGCACUCACGGUGCGGUUGCGGGCGGCCAACAGCGCGCGCAGCGGCGUGCGGCUGGAGGCGGCGGUGCGCGGCGCGCGCUGCGUGCCCGAGCCGCACGCGCCGCCGGACCCCUGCGAGCCGCCGCACGCGCACGCACAUAACGGCGGGGCGGCGGAGGGCGCGGCGGGCGCGCGGCUGGCGCUGCUGCGCGCCGACCUGCCGCCGCUGCACGACUUCACCGACGUCGCCGACCUCACUCUCAACUAUGGCGAGCUGUGGGCCAGCGCGGAGGGCGCGGAGGGCGCGGAGGGCGCAGUGGGCGCAGUGCGGUGCGCGGGCUGCGUGCGGCUGGGCCGCGCCGCGCUGCCGUACUCGCUGCGCCUGGUGCCGGGCACGCUGCGGCUGGAUCCCGACGCCAUGCAUUUCGUGCGUGCCGGGGGAGGUGGGGGAGGCGGGGCGCUGCGGGCGGUGUCGCUGCGCGCGCACAACACGAGCCCGCUGCCGCUGCACGUCGCCGAGGUGGCGCUGUCGGCCGACGCGGCGCCCUACUUCCGGAUGACGGAGGCGGGGCCGCGCGUGGUGGGCGCGGGCCGGAGCGCGGCGCUGGCGCGGCUGCAGCUGCUGCCGGCGGCGCUGCGGGACAACGUGACGCUGGCCGGCGCCCUCACGCUGCGCACCAAUCUCUCGCACUACCGUGUCCCGCUGCUCGUCUACGGCGGUCGCUUUGUGUUGGAGUGGGAGUGGCCGUGGGGCGGGGAGGUGGCCGGCGCGGUGUCGCUGGGCGCGCUGGGCACGUCUGCGUCGCGGCGCGUGGGCGUGCGCCUGCGCAACCCCGGCCCGGCGCCGCUGUGCGCUCGGGACCUGGCCGCCGAGCUGUCGGCCGGCUCCGUACAGUUCACGCUAGCGGCCUGCCCCGCGGCGCCGCCUGACCAUCCUUGUCGCUGCGUGGAGGGCGGUGCGUGGACGCAGGCGUGGCUGGUGGUGGUGGCGCCCGCGCGCGCCGGCGAGCUGCGCGGGCACGUGCGCGUGCGCAGCCAGCACGCCAGCACCGACGCCGCGCUCUCGCUGCGCGCGCUGCCGGGCCGCCUGCACGCGCCGCCGCUGCGUCUGCCCGACGCCGCCCCGUUCGCGUGGUCGGCGGGCGAGCUGGUGCUGGAGAGCACCAUGGAGCUGGAGAUGUUCGUGAGCGAGGUGACGCAGCCGACGGUGGACCCCGCGCUCUCCUACAUCGCGCCGGCGGGCGGGCGUGCGGCGGUGCGCGGCGGCCGGCAGGUGGUGGGCGGCGUGCGGUACGCGCCGGAGCUCAGCUGUCACCCCGACUGCUACACCGGCCUCGACUUCGACUCCCCCGAGGGGCGGGCGUGGCUGAGCCGGCUGGCGGCGUGCGGCGCGGCGGGCGAGGCGGCGCUGGCGCAGGACGCGGCGCUGGCGGCGCGCCGGCUGGCCGUCUUCCUGCGCCUGCAGCGGCACCGGCCCGCGCCCACCAACCUGACGCUGCACCUGCACACCACUGAGAUGAUGCAGAUCCCGGUGACGGGCUCGGUGCGGCUGCAUUGGCCGCGCGUGUCGGCGGGUGCGGGGGGCUCGGGGGGCGCGACGGGCGUGCUGGCGGCGGUGGGCGCGACGCGGUCUCUGCGCGUGUCGGCGCACAACCCGUCCGGCUCUCACUCGCUGCUGCUGCAGCCGGUGCUGGCGGGCGACCUGCGACUGUCCGCUAUGGCGGGCGGCGAGGAGCGAUGCGGCAACGGCAGCUGCGUGUGGGCGCCGCACGCCUUCCGGCUGGCGGGUUGGCGCGCGGUUCGCGGCGAGGUCUCCGAGUGGGCGCCCGUGGGAGAGGGCGAGGGCGCCGAGUGCCGGGCCGCGCCCACGCUCUUGUUGGCGCCGCAUGCGCAGAUCGACCUCACGCUGACGUUCGCGCCUCAGCAGGCCGCGCUGCUGGCCGCCUACCUGUAUCUGCGGAACAACCUGACCAUCGUGGAGGGCGUGCUGGUGACGGCGGAGGGCGCAUAUCCCAGCUUCGAGUUGGCCGGCCGCAAGCCCGGCUCCUCCGCACCCAUUUUACUUGAGGUGAGCGAAUGCGGCGAGACUAGCGGUGCCGGUGUGGGCGUGGGCGUGGGCGUGGGCGUGCGGCGCAGCGUGGUGGUGCGCAACACCGGGCGCGUGCCCGUGCGCCUGCGCGAGUGGCGCCUCGCCGGCCGCCCCUGUCAGGCGCGCGGCUUCCGGCUGCAGCCCUGCGCCCCGCUCGCCCUCGCGCCCAACGACUCCCGCACCCUGCAUCUCGCCUUCGCGCCCGACUUCACCCUGGCCCGCGUCGCCGCCCGCCUCCAGCUGCGCUCCGAGCUGGGCCGCGCCGAGUUCACGCUGCAGGCCAACGUGCCCGCCCGGCUGCUGCCGCGCUGCGCCGCCGCCCUCCCGCGCCCGCCCUUCGAGCCCGCGCUGCGUCUCGCCGCCGCCCUGGCCGCCUUCGCCGCCCUCGUCCUCGUCCUCGGCGCCGCGGCCUUCGACGCCGAGCGGCUGCUGCGUCGCGCCCGCGCCUCCCGCACCUCACCCCUGCCCCGCGCCCCUCUCGACCUGCGCGUCGCGCCUCCGGUCCCGCAUCGGCCCGCGCCCGCCGCGCCCGCACCCCGCAGUGCCCCGCCGCCCGGGCGCCGGCGCCGACCCCCGCGGCGCCCUCUGCCGCCGCUGGAUCCCCUCGCGGAGAGACGCGCUUUCGAGCGGUGGCGCGCCGAGGUGCUACGUCGCGCCGACGACGAGGAGUCCCGCUCGAGCGAGGAUACGGACUCCGUGUGCGUAGAAGCCGAGGCGCCGCCGGCAAAGUGCACCGAGGACGUCGCACCGCCGCCGGACGAGGAGCCGUGCGCGUCGCGUCCGGAUACGCCGCCCGGCCUCGAGGAGUACGCGCCAGACCCCGAGCCCGACGACGAUGAGGACCGACCCUCCAACAGCGCCGACGAGGAGUGCAUCUCGACCGGCUCCGAGGAAUCCUCCCCCGCCAGCGUCGAGCCCGAGGAGCGCUCCGAGCCCGAGGAGAGCGAGGCGCCCGCCGACCGCGACUCGCCCGUCCGCGUCGCCCGGCCCCCCGCGGCGCCGCUCGGCGACCCGACCGACACCGGUGCGGAUGUCUCCCCGCGACUGUCGCGAGCGCGCCGCCAGUCGGGCGAUGCCGGUCGCCGCCUCGAGCGGCCGCGCCCCUCCGGCGAUGCGGCCCCGGCGCAUAUGAAGAUCGUCAAACAACAUAGUCGCAAGGAGAAGAGCGUGAAACGACGCGCCGAGCGGCCCAGCGCUCCGCCCUCGCGCAACUCCCCAGCGCCGCUCGAGGUGGAGGUGGCCGGAGUGGGCGCGGGGGGUGCGGGGGGCGCGGCGCCCGCCGUACGCUGGGGCGCCUCCUGGAGCUCAGUGGUGGCGGCGCGUGCGCUGGCGCCCAUCGGCUCGGACGUGCGGCGCCGCGCGCCGAGCGCCGACAACUCGCUGUUCUACUUCAACGGUGCAGCGAGCGCUCCACGACCAGACAUGGGGUGGCGCGCGCCCGCCAUCGAGCGCCCUUACCCGCCGCCGUCACGAGACUAUCUCGGUGACACAACCGGUGUGGGGUCCGUUGGCUCGGUUGGCGCGGUGGGAUCGGUUGGCUCGGUAGGCGCGAUGGGUUCAGUGGGCGCGGUGGGUUCAGUACUGGGUAGCGCGUACAGCCCGCUGGAGACCGGCGGGGGUUGGGGCGGCGCGUGGGCGUGGGGUGCGGCGGGCGCGGUGCGGCCCCCGCCCGGCUUCUCGGCGCCGCCACGGCCUCCGCGCGCCUACGACCCAUUCCGAUCUCUCGCCUCCAUCUGGGCGCCGGGCGCGGCCGACUGGCGCUACGAGCCCGCCGACACGCCCCCCGCGGCGCCCACAGCCCCCGCAGAUACCGAGGAGCGUUAGACCGGCAGAGACCGGCCAUCGUUUGUUUGGGGAGAGGCAGCGCGGCCGCGGACGCACUAGUCAACGCGCCGGCGCCACUCGCGCCCGCUCGCCGCCGCUCUCUCCCGCGCUCCUACACACACAUAUAUUGUUCAAGUUUAUGUUCCUCAAGUUGUCCCGAGACGAGUUCUUAAUAUAAG